AAAACAUUUUUAUUCGGCUUUUUGUUGAGAUUUAUCGGGAAACACACACAAACGAAACAUGAGGGUUCUACUAGAGGAAAUGGUUUUGGACAAGACCCGCGAGUCUGCUCUCGAUAGAGUUGUGAACUUAAAUUUCGUCAACUGCGACCUGACGGACGUUUCCAUUGUCCAAAGCAUGCCCAACUUGGAGAUAGUCGCUCUGUCGGUGAACGCGAUCAAGUCACUGGAGGUAUUCGCUGGCUGCACUAAGCUGCAGCAGCUGUACCUGCGAUCAAAUCAAAUUGAGGACAUCAAUGAGAUUAGGCAUCUGAGAGACCUGCAACAUCUCACGGUAUUGGCCCUGGAGGCCAAUCCUUGUGCAGAAUGUGCUGGUUCAGAGUAUCGAAAUAUCCUGCUCCGCGCUUUUCCAAAGCUGCAAAAAAUAGAUCGCGUUGAUGUAACUCCGGAGGAGCUCACAAAUGCCUUGCAGAAGCCACCAGAGGUAUCCUUGUACCCCGUGGACGCCUUUCAGCAGUCCGAUGAACAGCAGAGGCGCUGCUUGAGUGCCCAGAUGGGGGAACAGCUGGCCCAAUUGGUACAGCUUGUGCCAUUCACAGCCGGACACCAGAACCAGGAGCUACCACCACCAGCACCAGCUGCUCCUUCGAUGGCACUUAAACCGAACCGUAGCCGUACUCCGAUUGGCUCCAUCGCCUCUGGGGAGUAUCGUGGAAGGCGCCUGGCACGCCUGUCGUCCAUCGUGUCCGUGGCUGCCAGCUACCAGUCGUCGGACUUUGGUCCGAGCUCCAGAGAUCUCGAUGCUUGGAACUGCAACCAGCAGCAGCAGCAGCAGCAGCAUCAGCAGCAUCAGCAGCAUCAGCAGCAGCAGUUGCAGCGGGUGCACGAUCAGAUGCAGCUUCAGAUGUCCCGGCAAUCGUGCGGCCGCAGCCAGCAGCAGAUGGUGCACCAACAGCCGCGUAGUCCGCAUCGAGCACCCAGACUGAGGAAUGCCCCACUGCCACCACCACAAUGGCAGACACGCGACAACGAUUACUGGCAAUACAGCAACAUGGAGUCGCCCCAGCCGUUGGUCAACUAUCCAUCGGGGGGCAACAACAGGCGUCGUGGACAGCCCAUAGAAAGAAAUCUUCUAACAGCCGUAUUGUAUAUGCUGCAGGAACUAGAUCUAGGGGCUGUCCAGGAGCUGGAAAAUGUUGUCAGUGAGCGCCUGAGGAAUCUCAAGCGCGACUAAAGGCCCACAGAUCACACACACACACACACACACACACACGUUCAAUACCAUUUCAUGUUUCAGUCGUUAAGGCCUCGCUAUAACAAGGCAGACGCCCUACACGUUGUGCGAUCCCUUGUUAUAGCUGGUUUAGUUAGUUCCAGUUCAAAUUCAAUUGUUUUAACUAAAAAUUAUCAAUA